GAUAAGAAUUUGUAUUGGGGCGUAACGGUGUGAUAAUCACAUGAGUCGUUUCUUGCGGCUCCAUCGCACUUGUUUCUCCUUUAGUUUUGUGGUUCCUUAGUAUCAGGCCAGUAAGAAGACGUAUAAAUCGACUUUCAAAUGCCUGCACUGAUCGAAAACACCGAAGAUUGGACUCCGGGAGAUCAACGUCAAAAAAUUAGUGAACUUGACGAUAAUGUGGUGGUAUGUUUCUUUAUUUCUUUGUGUUUACAAAUCAAGGAUGUUACAGGUUAUUCGAUAUCAUAUAUACGAACCAUCUUUAUGUACAUUGGCAUCAUUUUCACCUGUGGACUGCUGAGACUUGUCUUUCGCUGGUUCCCUCAUUGGAUGCUGAUGUGCAUGAAUAAGAAAUGUGCUUUAAUAAAAGCCGAGAAGAUACUUGUCAAAGAUGUCCACGGUGUUCGCUACAUACAUGACGUGGUUGUUGAAAUAAUUGGAACAGCAAAUUGUGCUAAACCCUCUUACGUUCGAAAAACUGCCUCGUUCAUGCUGUCGCAAGUGUCAUGUUCUGAAAAAAAGAGCAAGAUGAUGUGUUACUUUGUUCAUAAAUGUGUAAAGUAUGUAUGGGACAGCAAGACUAAUCGCUUUGAGCUUCCAAGGAGCUGGCAUGAAACUACAUAUGAAGAAAUUCUGGAUUCUAAGCCUUUGAAUAACGAAACAGUCCUUAUGAAUCGUGCGUUGUAUGGAAUGAAUGAAAUAAGUAUCAAUCUUACUUCAAUUGUCAGGCUACUACUUGAUGUGUGCUUGAAUCCAUUCUACUGUUUCCAAAUAUUCAGUUGUAUUUUGUGGUAUUCUGAUGAGUACUGGAUGUACGCUACUUGUAUUGUUGUUAUUUCAAUUAUGUCACUAUCAUGGCAAGUUUAUGAACUACGUAGAAACGAAAAGACUCUUAAAGAAACUAUGUGUAUAUCCUCUUCUGUAAUCGUUUAUCGAGAGGAAGAUGGGGUUAAAGAAUUCAAAGAAGUGGAUUCCAUUUCAUUAGUUCCCGGUGAUAUAAUUGAAAUUCCACAAAACGGGUGUCUGGUUCAAUGUGAUGCCAUCUUACUAGCAGGAAACUGCAUAGUAAAUGAAAGUACAUUGACCGGUGAAAGUGUUCCAGUUACCAAAAUUCCCUUACCCGAUUCACCAUCAAAGGGUACGUUAUUCGAUAUCAAAGUUCAUGGUCGGCAUAUUUUAUUUGCUGGUACUACUGUUAUUCAAACAAGAAAUUAUGCAGAUGAGCGAGUUCUGGCUGUUGUUGCACGCACUGGCUUUUACACUGUCAAGGGUGAGCUUGUACGGUCAAUUCUGUUUCCGAAACCUCUAAAAUUCAAAUUCACUCAAGAUUCCCUCCGGUUUAUUUUUGCUUUGUCUAUUCUUGCUGUGAUUGGUUUGGGAGUUUCAAUCUACUUAAUGAUCAGAGCUAAUGUUGGUGUUGAUGACAUUAUCCGUCGAGCGUUAGAUUUAGUUACUGUGGUGAUACCACCAGCCUUACCUGUCGUGAUGACAGUAGGCGUUGUUCUGGCUCAACGACGCCUACUAUCGCAUGGAAUAUUUUGUGUCAAUCCAACCGUGAUCAAUGUUUGUGGAGUAAUCAAUGUAGCUUGUUUUGAUAAAACGGGCACUUUAACGGAAGAUGGUUUGGAUAUGUGGGGUAUCAUUCCUUAUGAAGAUGGUUUAUUUGGAGAUCCGGAAUUAGAACCAUCAGAGUUGGAUAAUGGUCCUCUAAUGGAAUGUUUAGCGACUUGUCACUCAUUGACAUUGAUUGAAGGAGUUCUGUGUGGAGAUCCUCUGGACUUAAAGAUGUUCCAGUCAACUAAAUGGGAACUCAUUGAAGAAGCUGCUGACCACUGUAAAUUUGAAAUGGCUGUCCCUGCUAUCGUACGUCCAUCUAGUAAAACCAGUUUGACGGAAAAGAUUUCUGAAAAAUUCAAUGGUGAUGAUAUUCCAUAUGAAGUGGGUAUUCUACGUCAAUUUCCAUUCAGUUCUUCAUUACAACGUAUGUCUGUGAUUACUCGUGCUCUCAAUCAAAAUCAUUUCAAUAUCUAUACUAAAGGUGCACCUGAAACUAUUGAAUUAUUGUGCAGAUGUGAUACUAUACCUAGAGAUUUCCAUUCUACUCUGUUGGAAUACACACGUGAAGGUUAUCGAGUUUUAGCGUUAGCUUGGAAACCAUUGAAAGCAACCUAUACAAAAGUUUUACACGUAUCUAGGGAGCGCGUUGAACAGAAUUUACGAUUUCUUGGUCUACUGAUCAUGGAGAACCGUUUGAAACCGGAAACAACUCAAGUGAUUGAAACUUUAAGAUAUGCCAAUAUUCGACCUGUAAUGGUAACUGGUGAUAAUAUGUUGACUGCAUUGUCAGUAGCUCGAGAUUGCGAGAUGAUCGAUGAACUGGAUCGUAUUAUUCUUGUGUCUGCAAAACCACCACCAUUUCCUCGUCAUGUUCAGUCAUCUAGUCCGAAUGAUUCUGUAACUUGUUCUACCAAAGUUGAUCUACCCAGUGAUCAACCACACAGUCAUACUUCUUCAAAUCAUGUUAGUUUACCAUUUGUUUCGUUGACACAAUCACAAGAAACAAGAAACAACAAUAGACCACGUACACACUCAGGUUUUAAUGCAGCGAAUUCUUUAUUUGAGGAAAAUUUCUUCAAUCAACAAUACGAUUCAUUAGUUGAAUUUCAUUAUGCUGAAGAUUUACACAAACCAGUCACUGAAGUUACAGCUACAACUGAAACAAGAACAACGAGAAAAUCUCAUAGAUCUCAACCUGUUAAUAAUACUUCGACUGAAACUGAUGUUGAUCCGCACAGAUUCUCUGUAAGGAGUAGUAGGAAAUCUCGAAAAUUGAUGCAUCGCUUGUGUGAAGAUGUUCCAUGUGUUUCACGGGGAUGUGAACAGCAUUCCUCACCGUCUUCAAGUCCACUGACAGAUAUAACUGCGGUGCCUAAUGUUUCAGUGAAUGGUCACCCUCGUGCUUCUUCAUCCGGUCAACGAGAACAUCACCAUUAUGAAAUAGGAAGCAGUGGAUGUUAUUCGAAAGAUGAUUUAGAUUCGGUAUCAAAUCGUCGUUUGAAUCCCACUCAUUCUGUAUCUAUACGGAUGCUCGAUCGACCUGAUUUCCACCUAGCUAUGUCUGGUAAAACGUGGGCGAUCAUACGAGAAUAUUAUCCCUGGCUUAUACCAAAGCUUGUAGUGAAGGGUACUGUGUUUGCUCGUUUUCGUCCGGAACAAAAAGCUCAACUGAUCGAAUCACUCCAAUCAGUUGGUUAUUUUGUUUCAAUGUGUGGUGAUGGCGCUAACGAUUGUGGUGCAUUGAAAGUAGCACAUGCUGGAAUUGCAUUAAGCGAAGCUGAAGCCAGUGUUGCUAGUCCUUUCACAUCGAAGCAACAAAAUAUUAGUUGUGUGCCUACACUUAUUCGUGAAGGUCGUUGCGCGUUGGCUACUAGUUUUGGUGCAUUUAAAUUUAUGGUCGGUUAUUCAAUGAUUCAAUUUUUCUCUGUUAUACUUUUAUAUUAUAUUGGCAGUAAUAUUUCUGACCUGCAAUUUUUAUUCAUCGACUUUUUCCUUAUCGCAACUCUGGGUCUCACGUUUGGUUAUACUCCGGCGUAUCCUCGUCUCUCGGUGGAACCUCCUGCGAUGCGACUAGUGUCAACUGUGACCUUGUUAUCAUUGGGUUUGCAGUUACUCACUUGUGGUCUUGUACAAUUUUCAGUCUUUGUGUUUACUCGACUACAACCAUGGUAUUUACCACUGUUUACUUAUCAUGAAGAUUAUGAAUUAAAAAAUUAUGAAAGUACGGCCAUAUUCUCCGUAUCUGUCUAUCAAUAUAUCAUAUUGGCUAUUGUAUUCUCUAAAUCUGCACCAUAUCGUCGGUCAAUUCUUUCUAAUCAUUUAUUCGUUGUCAACCUUAUUGCAUGUAUUGCUGGGUCCUUAUACUUAACAUCUCAUCCAGCCCGUGUGGUUCGCAAAUUAUUCGAACUCUGUCGUUUCCCUUCAAUCUAUUUUGUAAUAAUUCUUCAUGGAAUAGUAUUGGGGAAUUUACUAUUUGGAUAUAUUUUGGAAUCGAUCGUUGAUGGCGUUUCAUUUCGACAACGAAUACGUCAUAUUCAACAUGCUUUAUUUCCCAGACAUGUUUCACGUAAAGACUAUGAACACAUUCGUGAUGAAAUAGAUAGAUUAGCUGGAGUGUGGCCACCAAUUAUACGAUCUGCUAGUGUACAAGCGUUACCAAGAGAGCUGUUCAAUGAAAGUGAUGUUGUUGGACAAACUGUACAAACAUCAAGAAAACGCUAUAAUUCAAGACUUUCAACUGACAGUGAAUCUGAUGAGGAUUGUAUUCCAGUUACUUCUGAGGAGAAGGCUGUCCUGUGUAAUAGUUUACGUGAUAAUAAUAUUACUCAUCAACAAGUACAAUUACAUUACAAUGCUCAAUCUCCACUUCAACCGUCUUGUGUUUUUGAUACUAUGCCGAAAAAUGCGAUCGAAAAGUCAUUUAACAAGAAACGGACACGUUCUACUAGCACCCAUAAUCGCCAUUCAUUUAACACUACGAGAAGCCUUGAAAGCAAAGGUAUCAAACGCAAUACUUGUAAGGAAAACAGUUCUAGACAACAAAUGCCUGCAGCACAUCAAAUACUGGAGGUCAGAGCUCUUACUCCGACUCGACGAGUUCAACAUAUUCGAUCGCAGAGUGGACCAAAACCAUUCAGUCCAAAUCCCAUCGACGUUCAGUCGGACCCAUUCCAAUCAGCUGCUUACUACUGAUAGGAUAAGUUUGUUGGGAGAUCACACGUUGUUAGUCUUUCGAUGUAUAAUAUUUACUGUUAUCAUCAGCAGACGAUUUCAAAUCAAUAACUGUAUUUUCUCCUAAAUCGCUGUAAACAAUAUGAAUUGCUUUUUUCUCCUGUCCCUAAUUCGGAUGGUUCAUUUUCUCUUAACUCUUACGUUAACCUGUGAAAAUCUUUCUGUCAUGUCACGCUUUGUCUGUCUCUUUUAGAUUGAGAAGAAUAGUCACCAGCAACACACAUUUAACUUAUCCAUCUCAAUUUUCAUUCAAUCAUGCACUAUCGUUUUAAUUAAUAAAACAGAAGUAUCACAGUUUUAUAGACAGAACAAAAGAUCUUUCAUGAUCGACAAGUUCCUUGUCUAUGAGUGUUGUUUUCAUUUUGUUUCUCGACAUAUGCGGUCUACCAGUAAUCCCAUUACUAUAUUAUUCACUCACUCUAGAAAAAUUCUUGCUUGCAUAAGGUAACAUUCACAGAAAACAAACCGCCAAAUUAAGUGGACCGUACUAUCACGUAUUUUGUGAUUUAUGACUCGAAUAGGUAAGAAUUAUCUCAUUUCUGUCUGACUCAUAAUUCACAUGAGUUACAUUUAUAUACAUUUCGUAAGCAUCAAGUAAACUAAAAGUGGAACAGACUGACUGACGAGAGGGUUCAAGGAAUUCAUAGUUUUCCCCCCUUACUAUGUGAUCUUGCAAAUUAUCUAAUGUGUUUUAUGCCAUUUUAUUUUUUAUUUCCAUGUGUAUGUUAUGUUCAGUUGUUAAAGAUUUUUUCUUUCGUUUUUCUCUUUGUCUAUAAAAUCGAAGUGAUAUUUUUCUUUGAGCACGAAUGUGAUGAUACAUUGUUCAUAAUCAUAAACAAUAUUUAAUUUGAUUGUUUUAGUAU